AUGGCGAGUUAUAUAAAAAUUACAGAUUUAAAAUGUGGUCAGGCACCGAUUGAUUUAAACGAUAAAAUUGUGCGACGUACAAGAUUUCCACCAUUAAUUUUAAAUGGCCACUGGUUAAAGGAUGGAAAUGCAACUUUGUUUAAUGACGGUAAAAAAGCAAUUAUUUUUUUGAAUGGCGAUAGGAUCCCAUCAACAGUAUCUGGUGGGCCAUUCAUAAAUAACGUAUACGAAUUUCAUGAUGCACAUUUUCAUUGGGGUGAAGAUGAUUGUAGAGGUGCUGAACAUACGAUCAAUGGUACUUGGUAUUCCAUGGAAUGCCAUUUAGUGCAUUGGAAUCAAAAAUACCUUACUUUCGAAGAAUGUUUAAAACAUCGUGAUGGUCUUUGCGUGUUAACUUAUUUAUUCUUGGUUCAAUCAGGAUCCAAUCAGUGGAACAAUGUCAAAUUUGAAAGAAUCUCUGAAAAUCUAAAAUAUAUUCAGAAUGCUGGCUCAGAGACAAAUAUUCCAGCAAAUUCUUUAUCUUGGAUGCGAGUAGCAACAGAUUGUCCAAGUUAUUAUAUAUAUCAAGGAUCCCACAGUGGAGAUUUUAAUUUGGAAUGCGCUACGUGGAUUGUAUUCCCAGUCAUUAUUCCUAUACAAUCUUGUCAACUUAAUGAAUUCCGAAAAUUAAAGGAUAAAAAUGGUGAAUUUAUAAAAUUGAAUUGGAGAAAUGUUCAACCUUUACGAGGACAACAGGUAUUUUUAGCUGUUUCUUAA